CCUGCUCUCAAACACAGCCAACUCCACUCUGUCCAUACACUUCCUUGUUCCCUCCCCCUCAGAUCUACAGUUUGAUGAUGGGUGUAACCAACAUGUGGUGCAGAGCAAGAGCGCACAGGCCCCGUUCACUGCAGAGACACAUGUUGUUUAGAUCAGAGUUCAAACCACUGUCAUUUCUACGGAAGUGAAAUUCAGACAGUCGUCAACGCUGAGAGGAGAGAUGGCGCAGAAAGGAGUUCAGCUGGACCGGGAAACCUUCUCCUGUGUGAUCUGUCUGGAUCUACUGAGGGAUCCGGUGACUACUCCCUGUGGACACAGCUACUGCAUGAACUGUAUUCCAAACUUCUGGGAUGGAGAGGAUGAGAAGAGAAUCCACAGCUGCCCUCAGUGUAGGCAGACCUUCAAACCGAGGCCUGUCCUGGUGAAAAACACCAUGUUAGCAGCUUUAGUGGAGGAACUGAAGAAGACUGGACUCCAAGUUGCUCCUGCUGAUCACUGCUAUGCUGGACCUGAAGAUGUGGCCUGUGAUUUCUGCACUGGGAGGAAAUGUAAAGCCCUGAAGUCCUGUCUGGUCUGUCUGGUCUCUUACUGUGAGAAACACCUCCAACCUCAUUACGAUGUAGCUCAGUUCCAGAAACACAAGCUGGUGGAGCCCUCCAAGAAGCUCCAGGAGAACAUCUGCUCUCGUCAUGAUGAGGUGAUGAAGAUGUUCUGCCGUACUGAUCAGCAGUGUAUCUGUUAUCUCUGCUCUGUGGAUGAACAUAAAGGCCACGACACAGUCUCAGCUGCAGCAGAAAGGACUGAGAGGCAGAGAGAGCUCGAGGUGAGUCGACAAAACAUCCAGCAGAGAAUCCAGGACAGAGAGAAAGAUGUGAAGGAGCUCCAACAGGAGGUGGAGGCUAUCAAUGGCUCUGCUGAUAAAGCAGUGGAGGACAGUGAGAAGAUCUUCACUGAGCUGAUCCAUCUCAUGGAGAAAAGAAGGUCUGAUGUGAAGCAGCAGGUCAGAUCCCAGCAGCAAACUGAAGUGAGUCGAGUCAAAGAGCUUCAGGAGAAGCUGGAGCAGGAGAUCACUGAGCUGAAGAGGAAAGACGCUGAUCUGAAGAAGCUCUCACACACAGAGGACCACAACCAGUUUCUACACAACUACCCCUCACUGUCACGACUCAGCCAAUCUACAGACUCAUCCAGCAUCAAUAUCCGUCCUCUGAGGUACUUUGAGGAUGUGACAGCUGCUGUGUCAGAGCUCAGAGAUCAACUACAGGACGUUCUGAGGGACCAACGGACAAACAUCUCACUGACAGACACUGAAGUCCAUGUUUCACUGUCAAGACCAGAACCAGAGCCCAAGACCAGAGCUGAGUUCUCGAAAUAUUCAUGUGAACUCACACUGGAUCCAAACACAGCACACAUGAAGCUGUUAUUAUCUGAGGGGAACAGAAAAGUUACAUUCAUGAGACGAUAUCAGUCUUAUUCUAGUCACCCAGACAGAUUUACUCUAUAUUAUCAGGUCCUGAGUAGAGAGAGUCUGACUGGACGUUGUUACUGGGAGGUGGAGUGGAGUGGAUCAGGAGUUGGUGUAGCAGUCGCAUACAAGAAUAUCAGCAGAGCAGGGAGGUUACUUGAAUGUUCAUUUGGAUCAAAUGACAAAUCUUGGAAGUUAAUUUGUUACACAAACAGUAACUCAUCUUAUUUUUAUUACAACGAUGUCCACACUCCCGUCUCUGGUCCUCAGUCCUCCAGAGUUGGAGUGUACCUGGAUCACAGUGCAGGUAUUAUGUCCUUCUACAGCGUCUCUGAAACCAUGACUCUCCUCCACAGAGUCCAGACCACGUUCACUCAGCCUCUCUAUGCUGGACUUCAGCCUUUAGAUUAUAGAGUCACUGCUGAGUUGUGUAAACUCAGAUAGACAGAAGUCAUUUAAGGGUUAAAGUGUGUGUUUCAUUUCUUUAACUUGUUUGGUUUCCAUCAUUGUUGCUAAGAGCUGACUGUUGUGGCAUUUCAUCACCUAUCAAUCAAACAUGAUGAGCAGUACUUCUCAUUCAUCUUCUCAGUGGUCCUUUAGGUCAUACUGCUUCCUGUGUCUGUUUAGCCAUGAAGGCUAUCACUGCUCAUGAUGACUUUAGUUUCUAUGAUCAUAAUCAAUAAGGAGACGAGUCAUUCUUUUCUUGUACAUGUGAGAUUCUGCUCUGACAAACUGAGUGUGUGGAUGAAGUGAAUCUGUACAUGAACUCACUGAACAAGAGUCAUUGAACGGGCUGACUGACGGAUGUGUGAACAAACUGAAUUAUGUACUAUUAUGAACAGCACAUUAUAAGAAUACACACUGUAGUAAAAAGGGCUGUUCAUGCCUGAUACCCGCGCAACCUGACAGAGCUUGAGCAGUUUUGCAAAGAAGAAUAGAGCAAAAUUGCAGUGUGCAGAUGUACAAGACUGAUUGAGACUUAUCCACACAGACUCAUUGCUGUGAUUGCAGCCAAAGGUGCAUCUACUAAAUACUGACUUGAAGCGGGUGAAUAAUUAUGCAAACAAUUAUUCUUCUUUAUAUAAUUUUGUUUCAUUAACAUUACUUUCUAGAAAUCUGUUUUCACUUUGACAUUAAAGAGUUUUUUCC